ACCUCGAGUCGUUAAGAAGAUCAGUUUGGAGCUCUCUAUCCAUCCAGUACCAUGCGCCUCAGCCACAUUUUGCUAGCAGCAGUCGGAAUCCUUGUUGCCACCGUCGAUGGCCUCGCCGGUGAAAGAAAUAAUAUUCCUGCGCCAAACGUCCAGGUGGAAUCUACCACUGUGAAGGAAACGAACGACACUAUGGCGGGGAAUACUACGGCGGGGAUAACGGUUCUGCCGUCCGUUGAUACCAACGAUGCUCAGCAAGGCGCUGGCGGAUCUGCCGUGAAGGAGGAGAGAUCGCUGCGUGCGACGACGAAGUUCGGGUGGGUGAAAGAUGCGGCAAAAGCUUUCAAGAAGAAUCCACUGGGUUUCUUGAAGUUUUUUAAAUUGGCUCGCAAACAGUAUUAGUGAUUGGUCAAGGAACGUUAGAUCAACACAUGCUACCAUGUCCCGAAACACACAAACAUGGAGUAGGGUUUCAAGUACAUUGCAGCUUGAAGCACGGCAAGAGGACAGCAAUUUCGCCUCGAUAUCUCGUUAAUGGCCACCAUUUGAAUGUUCGUUGUCUUGAGAAUUGGUGGCGACCUGCUGGCCUAGGGGAGCAUUUGAGGGUGCAGAUGAAGUGGUA